ACCUACAAGACCUCCAGUUGAUUAUCUUUUUCCAAGAGAUCGUAUUCAAAGAUGUUUCACUUAUUCAUGUUUUACUCAAAAUGGUUAUUUUACUCAUUAGAUGGAGAGAAACAAGACAGGAGAUGGUUAGUUUACUCAAAAUCUAAAGAUAAAAUCUUUUGUUUUUGCUGUAAAUUAUUCACUCAUGAAACAUUUCCUCCUCUAUUGGUAACUACUGGAUAUGGUGAUUGGAGAAAUGCUUCACAUAGGCUGAAAAACCAUGAAACUACUUACAACCAUGUUGUUUGCAUGAGCCGCUGGAUUGAGCUGGAAAUGAGGCUGAAAAAGAGUGAAACUAUUGAUAAGCAUUUGGAGGAGGCAAUUAACAAGGAGAAGAAACAUUGGAGAGAUGUUAUGUUGAGGAUAAUUGCAGUGGUAAAGACUCUAGCAGAAAGAAAUCUAGCCUUUCGUGGAGAUGACGAAAAGGUCAGUGAUCCAAACAGUGGAAACUUCUUGGCUUUUAUUACGAUGAUUGGAGGCUUUGAUGAAGUAAUGAAGGAGCACAUUCGACGGAUUGACAAAGGUGAAACCCAGUACGAUUAUCUUAGUCAUAAGAUUCAGAAUGAGUUGAUAGAAUUACUUGCUAAUGAGAUUAGGAUGGUAAUCUUAAAGAAGAUUCAAGAGGCAAAGUAUUUUUCAAUCAUUUUGGAUACUACUCCUGAUAUUAGUCACAAAGAGCAGAUGACUUUUUUAAUUCGAUGCAUAGAUGUUUCUACGGAUUCACCUAAGGUUGAGGAGUUCUUUUUGUCAUUCUUGGAAAUCAAAGACACAACAGGAGAAGGAAUUUUUACCACUCUUCAAAAUGCAUUGGCUGAUCUUAAGUUAAAUAUUGGUGAUGUAAGAGGACAAGGUUACGACAACGGGUCUAAUAUGAAAGGAAAGCAUAAGGGUGUUCAGAAAAGACUGCUGGAUAUUAAUCCAAGGGCAUUUUACACUCCAUGUGGGUGUCACAGUCUCAAUCUUACUCUUUGUGACAUGGCUUCUUCAACUGAGAAAGCAGUUUCAUUUUUUGGCACUGUGCAAUGUUUAUACAAUCUGUUUUCAUCAACCAACAACUGGGAAGUUUACAGAGAGUUGGUGAAAGGUACUACACUUAAACAAUUAUCACAGACUCGUUGGGAAAGUCGUAUUGCUAGUGUAAAACCAAUAAGGUUUCAAGCUGUAAAGAUACGAGAGGCUUUGUUUUACUUAGCAGAGAACAGUGGUAAUCUUGGACAUCGUAGUGGAGCUGAGUGUCUUGCAGAAAGUGAAACACAUGGAAUAGGAAGAUUUGAGUUCUUGUUUGGCAUGGUAAUUUGGUAUGAUUUGCUUUAUGUUGUCAAUACAGUGAGCAAAUCUUUACAAUCAGAGGAUAUGGAUCUUGAGGCUGCUAUUAUCCAGUUAGGAGGGCUUGUUGGUUACUUGAAAGGGUACAGAGAAACUGGUUUUGAGAAAGCAAAAGCUGAAGCUAUGCAAAUUGCCAUUGACAUGGAGAUCGAACCAACAUUUUCUUCAAAGCCAAAGCGGUUAAUAAAAAGGAAAAAGCAUUUUGGUGAAGAUGCUGAAAAAGUUGAUGAUAAUUACCAGCUAAACGCGGAAGAGAGUUUUAGGAUUGAUUAUUUCAUCAACAUUUUGGAUCAAGCUAUAGUGUCACUUGGGGUUAGAUUUGAGCAGUUUCAGCGGUACGAAGAUAUCUUUGGGUUUUUGUUUGGUUUGAAAAGGCUAAAGUCAGCAAAAGAUGAUGAAUUGAUGAUAUCUUGUGUCAAGCUUGAAGCUUCUCUAGAGCAUGAUGGGCAUUUUGAUGUAGAUGGAAAACACUUGUUUUUGGAACUUUAAUAUCUAAGAGGAAUGUUACCAGAAGAAGUUACAAAGGUGAUCCAGAUGUUGGAAUUUCUA